CUUUUUUUCCAUCACCAAACCACAUCGCAUAUCAUGGCUCAAUCAAAGGCCACCAAGAAGUUCGAGAAGAACCAUCUCAAGGAUACAAUCAAGCGCCGCAAGGACUUUGCCAAAAUCAAGCAGCGCCACCAGAUCAACGAGAAGAAAAAGGCAAAGAGAGCCGCCGACAAUGAAGUUUCCACACCACCACCAGAGGCCAGGGCGCCAGCCAAGGACGGAAAGCAGGACUUUGAGAGCAUGAACGUCGACGACUUCUUCCAGGGAGGCUUCGAUGUGCCAGAGCUGCCGGCAAAGAUGGACAAGUCGCUCAAGAGGAAACGCGUCGCAAAGCCCGACGACAAGGAAUCGCAAGCGAAGCCUGCCGCCGACGACGACGCAUCAGACUCCGACUCUGAGGUUGACGACCCGGAAGCUUUCCAAGCCCAGCUAGACGCCCUUGCCGCAAAGGAUCCCGAGUUCCACAAGUACAUGCAAGAGAACGAGCCCGACGCCCUGAACUUCGAGGAUGCAGACUUGGGUGAAAUCGACGAGCUGAGCGCCGACGAGGAAGACGAGAGACCGUCCAAGAAGCAAAAGGGAGAGGGCAACGAGGUCACAAAGCAGAUGAUCGCAAAGUGGCAGAAGGCCAUGACAACACAACAUUCUCUGCGCGCUACCAAGGAGGUCGUGCUUGCUUUCCGCGCUGCCGCUCACGUUUCAGACGAGGAGGACAAGGUCUUUAAAUAUUCCAUCUCGGACCCCCAAGCCUACCAUGAGCUGUUGGUCGUUGCCCUCAAGCACUUGCCCGAGGUUCUCGCCCACCAUCUGCCCGUCAAGGAGAAGGCUGGCGGCAAGGUCACCUUCUCUACCGACUCGAAGAAGUUCCGCAACCUCAGCCCGCUGCUCAAAUCGCAUCUCACCUCAGUCUUGCACUUGCUCGCCCAUUUGUCCGACCCCAACACCAUCCGCAUGACCCUCGCCAAUGUCCUUCCCCUCCUCCCCUACAUUCUCUCCUUCAAAAAGAUCAUUCGUGAUCUCACAAAGGCCGUCACUGGAGUCUGGUCCGAGUCAUCGAGCACCGAAGCCACCCGUAUCGCCGCUUUCCUUGUCCUCAGAAGACUGGUCGUCAUCGGCGAUGCUGGUAUGCGAGAGGCUGUCCUCAAGACCGCCUACCAAGGCCUGAUCAAGGGCAGUCGCAACACAACUGUUCACACUAUUCAAGGCAUCAACUUGAUGAAGAACUCGGCCGCUGAGCUCUGGGGUCUGGACCCAACCAUUGGAUACACAACUGGUUUCACCUUUAUCCGUCAACUGGCCAUCCAUCUUCGCAGCAGCAUCACAAACAAGUCAAAGGAUUCGUACAAGACCGUUUACAACUGGCAAUACGUCCACUCUCUCGACUUCUGGUCGCGUGUCGUAGCAUCGCACUGUCAAUCGCUCGCCGAGGCCGAAAAGGGUGCCGCUUCCCCUCUGCGUCCCUUGAUCUACCCCAUCGUGCAGGUCACUCUAGGUGCCAUGCGUCUCAUCCCUACAAGCACCUACUUCCCUCUCCGUUUCCACCUCAUUCGCAGUCUUCUCCGCAUCUCUCUCGCCACAGCCACAUACAUCCCUCUCGGUUCCGCCCUUUACGAAGUUUUGAACGCCGCCGAAAUGCGCAAGCCCCCGAAGGCUUCGACCCUCAAGCCUCUCGACUUCUCUGUUUCUGUAAGAGCACCAAAGACCUACCUUCGCACACGUGUCUAUCAAGACGGUGUCGGCGAGCAAGUAAUCGAACUCCUCUCCGAGUUCUUCGUUCUCUGGGCCAAAUCCGUCGCAUUCCCCGAACUCGCACUACCCCUGAUCGUGCUAUUGAAGCGCUGGUUGAAGGAGACUGGCAAGAACUCAAAGACACCAAACAACAAUGCAAAACUCACAUCGCAAAUGAUCUUGCUGGUCCAAAAGGCCGACGCCAAUAUUCGCUUCAUCGAGGAGAAGAGAGUCAAGGUCGACUUUGCACCCAACAACCGCAGCGAGGUCGAGAACUUCCUCAAGGAGACUGAAUGGCAAAAGACACCGCUAGGCGCAUUUGUCGUUGGUCAAAGGAAGAUUAGAGAUGAGAAGCAGAAGUUGUUGGAAGAGUCAAGAAAGGAGGAUGAGAAGAAGAGGGAAGAGGAAAAGGCCGAGAGAAUGGCCAAGGAUGGUGAAGAGUUCGACGACGAGGACGAGGCCAGUGGAGAUGAAGACGAAGACGAGUCCGAGGAUGAGGAGAUGCAAGUCGAUGGUGUCAGCGACGAUGAGGACAGCGAGUAGAGUGUGAAGUUGGAAAAGUGAUAUGCAUCAUAUUCGGCG